AUGAACUCGACAACCUGUGUCAUCGAGGCCAAUCCCGAUGUAUCUGGAGUCGGAAUCCGUGUAUCGAUUUACACCCUCUGUCUAGGCGGGUCGAUUGUUAGCUAUCUACUCCGCGUAUUUACGCCAGGCGAAGACCAAGAAGAGUUCUCGCGAGGCGUCUCCUCCGCUCUUGGCUUACAAGGCCUAGCCCUCCUCUGCACCGCCAUCUACCAGACAAUUCGGGGCGACCUAACACUCUUCCACGCGAUAUGUGUCGUGCACCUUCUCGCCAUACUCGGCAUAGACAUGGUUAGUAAAGGCCGGUAUGCAGGACUCGGGCCAUGGCGACUAUAUUUCUUUGCCGCACUCCAGAUCCUAGCUUUAGCGGCUUUUCUCUCCUUUAAUAUCUAUGUCUGGGUGACUGCGCCGCAUUUCGGUAGCCAGCCUCAGUGCAACAAGGACACCGUGUAUGUGAUCUUUGGUGUGAGCAUUAAAGCCACUGCUCCUGUAUUCCGGUAUAUCAUUCUCGGCACGCUCGGUGCGGUUGUGGCUGGUUAUGCUAUUACUUUCACAUGCAUGCUGCCGUGUCUGUGUGGGAUUGAGGGUCAGAAGAGAGGUUGGAUAAAUUGGUUUGUGGAAGUCAAUCAUCCUGUUUACCGGGAUGAUCGUGAACCACCUGAGAGACUGCAUGGCCAGGCGCUGCUCAGAUAUACGCUGAACAAAGUCGCGUACUGCUCGUUCUGCAUAUACUUGAUUGUGUCGCUGGAACAGACUAUCAGUCGCAAUGUUCUCGACCCUGAAGAGAAAGGAUGGACGUUUGGACAGGUUAUUGCGAUUUUCUUGUUGCUGGGUGUCGCCAAUGAGCUGCUAAAUGUUCUUCUUGCGAGUUGGGAUAGAAAACAGAGUGAAAAUGCUCAGCAGCUGGUGCAGUUUAGGCCAGACACUACCAACUCGGUGCAUUCCUCAUCUUCUUGA